AUGGGCUCUCAACUUGGCCCUGACCAUGGAGCCAUGAAACCUGAGGCUGGUGGUCAUGCAGUUCUGGGUUCAGAGUCAGGAGUUGAAUGCAUGCAAAAAAAAUGUGAUGAGCCACUUGUGUCUGGACUACACCAUGCAGCUUUCAGUAGCUCGUCCUCUAUGUCUGGGAGCUAUUCACCUGGCUAUGCCAAGAUCAACAAGCGAGGGGGUGCCGGGGGAUGGUCUCCAUCAGACAGUGACCAUUAUCAGUGGCUUCAGGUUAACUUUGGCAAUCGGAAGCAGAUCAGUGCCAUAGCAACUCAAGGAAGAUACAGCAGCUCAGACUGGGUGACCCAAUAUCGCAUGCUGUACAGUGACACUGGGAGAAACUGGAAACCCUACCAUCAGGAUGGGAAUAUCUGGGCAUUUCCUGGGAACGUCAACUCCGAUAGUGUUGUCCGGCACGAUUUACAGCAUCCAGUCAUUGCCCGCUAUGUCCGCUUCGUGCCUCUGGAUUGGAAUGGAGAAGGCCGCAUUGGGCUCAGGAUCGAGGUCUAUGGCUGUUCUUACUGGGCUGAUGUUAUCAACUUCGAUGGCCAUGUUGUGUUACCAUAUAGAUUCAGAAACAAGAAGAUGAAAACACUGAAAGAUGUCAUUGCCUUGAAAUUUAAAACCUCUGAAAGUGAAGGGGUAAUCUUGCACGGGGAAGGACAGCAAGGGGAUUAUAUUACUUUGGAACUCAAAAAAGCCAAGCUGGUCUUCAGUUUAAACCUAGGAAGCAACCAGCUUGGCCCCAUAUACGGCCACACGUCCGUGAUGACAGGAAGUCUGCUGGAUGACCACCACUGGCAUUCUGUGGCCAUUGAGCGCCAGGGCCGGAGCAUCAACCUCACCCUGGACAGAAGCACGCAGCACUUCCGCACCAACGGGGAGUUCGACUACCUGGAUUUGGACUAUGAGAUAACCUUUGGAGGCAUACCUUUCUCCGGAAAGCCAAGUUCCAGCAGUAGAAAGAAUUUCAAAGGCUGCAUGGAAAGCAUUAACUACAAUGGCAUCAACAUAACAGAUCUGGCAAGAAGGAAGAAGCUUGAGCCCUCAAAUGUGGGAAAUUUGAGUUUCUCGUGUGUGGAGCCCUACACAGUGCCUGUCUUUUUCAAUGCUACCAGUUACCUGGAGGUGCCCGGACGGCUUCACCAGGACCUGUUUGUGGUUAGCUUCCAGUUCAGGACUUGGAACCCCAGUGGUCUCCUGCUUUUCAGUCAUUUUGCGGAUGACCUGGGCAACGUGGAGAUUGACCUCACUGACAGCAAAGUCGGUGUUCACAUCAACGUCACACAGACCAAGAUGAACCAGAUAGACAUUUCGUCAGGUUCUGGGUUGAAUGAUGGCCAGUGGCAUGAGGUCCGUUUCCUAGCGAAGGAGAAUUUUGCUGUUCUCACUAUCGAUGGAGAUGAAGCCUCAGCAGUUCGAACUAACAGUCCUCUUCAAGUUAAAACUGGCGAAAAGUACUUUUUUGGAGGUUAUCUGAACCAGAUGAAUAACUCAAGUCACUCUGUCCUUCAGCCUUCAUUCCAAGGAUGCAUGCAGCUCAUUCAAGUGGAUGACCAACUUGUAAAUUUAUCUGAAGUGGCACAAAGGAGGCCUGGAAGUUUUGCAAAUGUCAGCAUUGACAUGUGUGCCAUCAUAGAUAGAUGUGUGCCCAAUCACUGUGAGCAUGGUGGGAAGUGCUCUCAAACGUGGGACAGCUUCAAAUGCACUUGCGAUGAGACUGGAUACAGUGGGGCCACCUGCCACAACUCCAUCUAUGAGCCUUCCUGUGAAGCAUACAAACACCUGGGGCAGACCUCAAAUUACUACUGGAUAGAUCCUGAUGGCAGUGGACCGCUGGGGCCUCUGAAAGUUUACUGCAACAUGACAGAGGACAAAGUAUGGACCAUCGUGUCUCACGAUUUGCAGAUGCAGACGACAGUGGUGGGCUACAACCCAGAAAAGUACUCAGUAACACAGCUCAUAUACAGCGCCUCCAUGGACCAGAUCAGCGCCAUCACCAGCAGCGCCGAGUACUGUGAGCAGUAUGUCUCCUAUUUCUGCAAGAUGUCGAGGUUGUUGAACACCCCAGAUGGAAGCCCUUACACCUGGUGGGUAGGCAAAGCCAACGAGAAGCAUUACUACUGGGGAGGCUCUGGGCCUGGAAUUCAGAAAUGUGCCUGCGGCAUCGAGCGCAACUGCACGGACCCCAGAUACUACUGCAACUGUGACGCGGAUUACAAGCAGUGGAGAAAGGAUGCUGGUUUCUUAUCCUACAAAGAUCACCUGCCAGUCAGCCAGGUGGUUGUUGGAGAUACCGACCGGCAAGGCUCAGAAGCCAAACUGAGUGUGGGUCCCCUGCGCUGCCAAGGAGACCGGAAUUACUGGAAUGCGGCCUCUUUCCCAAACCCAUCAUCCUACCUGCACUUCUCCACUUUCCAAGGGGAGACCAGUGCCGACAUCUCCUUCUACUUCAAAACGUUAAUCCCCCGGGGCGUGUUUCUUGAAAAUCUAGGGAACACAGAUUUCAUCAAACUCGAACUGAAAUCUGCCACAGAAGUGUCCUUUUCAUUUGAUGUCGGGAACGGACCAGUGGAGAUGGUGGUGAGGUCGCCCACCCCACUCAACGAUGACCAGUGGCAUCGGGUCACCGCGGAGAGGAACGUCAAGCAGGCCAGCCUGCAGGUGGACCGGCUGCCACAGCAGGUCCGCAAGGCCCCGACGGAGGGCCACACCCGCCUGGAGCUGUACAGCCAGCUGUUUGUGGGUGGUGCUGGAGGCCAGCAAGGCUUCCUGGGCUGCAUCCGCUCCCUAAGGAUGAAUGGGGUGACACUGGACUUGGAAGAGAGAGCCAAGGUCACAUCUGGUUUCAAAUCCGGGUGCUCAGGCCACUGCACCAGCUACGGGGCCAACUGUGAGAAUGGCGGCAAGUGCAUAGAGAAGUACCACGGCUAUUCCUGCGAUUGCUCCAACACAGCCUAUGACGGAACAUUUUGCAACAAAGACGUGGGUGCGUUUUUUGAAGAGGGGAUGUGGCUGCGGUAUAACUUCCAAGCCCCCGGGAUCGGGGCCCGGGAGUCGGGCGGCAGAUCGGAGAACUCCGCGGACCCGCAGAACGGAGCCGCGGACCUGGCGGGCGAGGAGAUCCGCUUCAGCUUCAGCACCACCAAGGCGCCCUGCAUCCUCCUCUACGUCAGCUCCUUCACCACCGACUUCCUGGCGGCACUCGUCAAACCCACCGGAAGCCUCCAGAUCCGGUACAACCUGGGUGGCACCCGGGAGCCCUAUGACAUUGAUGUGGACCACCGGAGCACAGCCAACGGCCAGCCCCACAGCGUUAACAUCACCCGCCGCGAGAGGACCGUCACCCUCAAGCUGGAUCACUAUCCUUCUGUGAGUUACCACCUGCCAAGUUCAUCCGACACGCUCUUCAAUUCUCCCAAGUCGCUCUUCCUAGGAAAAGUCAUCGAAACAGGAAAGAUCGACCAAGAGAUCCACAAGUACAACACCCCGGGGUUCACCGGGUGCCUCUCCAGAGUCCAGUUCAACCAAAUCGCCCCUCUCAAGGCGGCCUUGAGGCAGACCAACGCCUCAGCUCACGUGCACAUCCAGGGCGAGCUGGUGGAAUCCAACUGCGGGGCCUCCCCGCUCACCCUGUCACCCAUGUCGUCCGCCACCGACCCCUGGCACUUGGACCACCUGGAUUCAGCCAGUGCUGAUUUUCCGUAUAACCCAGGACAAGGCCAGGCGAUAAGAAAUGGAGUCAACAGGAACUCGGCCAUCAUCGGAGGGGUCAUUGCCGUGGUGAUCUUCACCAUCCUCUGCACCUUGGUCUUCCUCAUUCGCUACAUGUUCCGUCACAAGGGCACCUACCACACCAACGAGGCGAAGGGGGCGGAGUCCGCCGAGAGCGCCGACGCCGCCAUCAUGAACAACGACCCCAACUUCACAGAGACCAUCGACGAGAGCAAAAAGGAAUGGCUCAUUUGA